AGACAAAGACAGAGAGAUGGGGAGAAGGAAAAGAACGGAGAUCCCAGAAACCCAAAUCCAUGGAGGAGUGGAUAGAGAUGCAGAAAGAGAGAGAGAAUCAGAAGUAGGGACAGAGAAAGAGAAGGGAGGAAAGUUCUUCGCAUGCUAUCUGCUGACUUCUCUCAGCCCCAGGCACAAGGGCCACACUUACAUCGGGGUCUCUUUAGUUNAUUUCAAUUCCUAA